GUUAUAACAACAAAAAUGCCGGGCAUCGUUCGACCGAAGUUCUAUACUCCAAAAGAAGUUAGUGUACAUAAUACGCCAGAGGACUUAUGGGUAUCAUUCUUAGGAAAAGUUUUUAACUUAACCCCAUUAUGCGAAAAAUAUAAGGGUGAAAUUUUGUUGAAACCAAUUGUACAGGCUGGAGGCACAGAUAUAUCACAUUGGUUUGAUCCAAAAACAAAGAACAUAAGAAGCCAUAUUGACCCAUUGACAGGAUGUAGAAUUCCUUAUACACCACACGGUCGUUUUGUUCAUGUCCCACCACCAUUUCCAGACUCAAAUUGGGCUAAUGAUUUUGGUCGUCCAUGGUGGAGGGAUGAAAGUUACUGCAUUGGUCUAUUAUCGAUUAAAACUCGAAAUAUUAAAAUCAUAAAUACGCUUACUUCCCAAGAUGAGAUAAUCGAAGUUUGUUCCGAGGAAACUAUGGAAGAGAUUUUACAACGUUAUCUUAAAUUCAAUGCUCACGCUUCCAGCUACACUUGGAAAUACGAUUGCCUAAAUUUAGAAAUGGAUAAGACCCUGGCCGAAAAUAAUAUCAUUGAUGAAGAUGGUGAUUUCUACGAGUUAGGGAUGAAUGAUGAUACUUUCCUGCAAGCAAUCCAUUUAUAUUUUAACGAUGAUCUGACCGAAGCCUAAGAAAAGUCUGUUUUGUUAGACUAAUUACAUUCUUCAUUUAAGCACACAACUUUUCUGCUUCUUUUAUAUUUUUAACUUUUACAUCGGAUCAUUAACCUUGGCCUUAUUUACUUAUAGAUGAAAUUGAUACUAUAAUUAAUAUUUGGUGACGACAAGGCUAUCGUUGUUCAUAAAUAAAUUAAAAUAAAGAUAUAUAAAUUGCCUUUUGAAAGCUAGAAUAAAGUCAUAAAAGGGAAAAAAAAGCUUAUUUAUUUAAUUUACUCUAUUAACAUUUUCAAUAAAAUAAUGAAUUUUUAUGGCCAGAUGACUUGAGGAUCAAUGGAAAACUUACCAAGCAAAUUAGUAUUGCGGUACGAGCUUGUUUGUUUGUUUGCUUAUCGUAGAGAUUCUGGACUAAGAUUUAAUGGAUCAAUAAAAAAAUAGCGUAAGAAAAGAGGGAAGCUAGUGAUGUAUAUGUUAGACAAGGAUUACUCUACUAUGAAAAUAUCCAGCAUCCCUUCUUGCUGCACCUCCCUAUCUCUCUGUCUUUUCGCUUUUUAUCUCUCUUUUCCUUCUUCUCUCAAGUGAUAGUAUAAUACUGAAUAAAUAGAAAUAAUAACUAAAUAUUCCCUACUAGGAAAUAAGGAUGCUAUAAAAUCUAAUUAUGAUGAAA